AUGAGAGAAAUUCGAGACCCCCAAAAAGUCCAGGCUUGGCUCAUCGGCAGCGGCAUCGAAUCCCUUGCUGCCGCUGUUCAUCUGAUCCACGAUGCCCAUGUGCCUGGCCCCAACAUCCACAUUCUCGAUCUCCAUCGGGGAUCCGGGGGACGACUGAAAACCACCGGAGACGCGACAAAUGGCUACUUUCUCCCCGUGGAUUGUCAUCCGUACUUCCACGGUCCUUGCACUGAGCGACUCCUCUCGCUCAUCCCCAGCGAUGAGUCUCAGCACGCCUCGCUCAUGGACGCUGUCAACGCGUAUAGUGAGCAACGGCCACCGCACGAGGCUCACACACGCGCCGUCAGGAGGGGUGAAUCAGGCCCGGAAGUGUCGCACACACCAGGAUUCCAGCUGGACGUCAAGCAUCGAAUGGACCUGAUCUGGUUCCUGAUGGAGACUGAGCACGCACUGGGAGCAAAGGAGAUCAACCAAGCCUUUGACUUGGCAUUCUUUGACACGGAGUUCUGGAAGAUUUGGUCAACCACAUUCGAAUUGCAACCGUGGCAUAGCGCCGUCGAGUUCCAUCGUCAUCUGCGCAAGUAUCUCGAGAAUAUCCGGUCGCUCAAAAGCGUCAAGACCUUCCACCGCACCCGCUACAACCUCUACGACUCGAUUGUCCGCCCUCUCACUAGCCACUUGCAGUCCCAGGGCGUCGACUUUCGCUUCAACGUCCAGGUCACCGGACUCGACACCGCCUCAUCCAACGAUCCCACUACCGUCUCUGAGAUCCACUUCCGCAAGUAUGACAGUGAAGAGGAAUGUCGUGUCAGCCUCAGCCCAAGCGACAUCUGCAUCGCCAUUCUCGGCUCCACCACCACCAACUCCGCUAUGGGUUCCGACGACUCCCCACCCCCUUACCUCUCCGCCCACUGGGAGGACCUGCUCAUCAGCGAAUGGGGCCUCUGGCAGGCCCUGUCCCGCCAAAGCGCCAUAUUCGGCGACCCGACCUGCUUUCUUCCUCGCGCGGUACAAGCCUCCGUCGAGAGCUUCACGACAACUCUCCACAACCCCGAUUUCCUCCGUCUCAUUCAGAACCUCACACGCGAUAAGCAGGAGACCGACGCCUCCCUCUCCCUCCGCGACAGCAACUGGGGUCUGACCCUGAGUAUUCCACCGCAGCCAGUAUUCCCAGACCAGCCGGAGGACGUGCACGUGGUGCUGGGCUACGCGCUCAGCCCCGCCAGCGAGGGUAAUUUCAUCCGGAAACACAUGUUCGCGUGUUCGGGGCGCGAGAUUUUCGAAGAGGUGCUGCGUCAUCUGGGGUUUCCCGUGGAGCUCAUCCUACCGGCCUCGUCAACGAUUCCCUGCGGGCUGCCGCUGGGCACGGCGCCGUUCCUGAGCCGGGAGAAGGGAGACCGGCCGCGUGUCAUUCCUGCGAAUACGACGAACAUCGCGUGCGUGGGGCAGUUUGUAGAGAUUGCAGAGGAUACGACUCUGUCGCUGGAGUAUAGUGUGCGAGGCGCGCAGAUGGCGGUGUCUGGCUUGAUGGGGACGCCGAGGGUGACAGGGGCCAUCAAAAAGAAUAUCCUGUGGGAGGUGUUUGAUUUGUUGAAGUGA